GCGCUCUCUCUAAACGCGGACAUGGGUGUUCCUCUCCUCACACAUUUCCACGCAUUUUUUUUCUUCCUGCUUGUCCUAGUUCGACAUUAAUCUCACCUCUCUGACUAGCAUUACGCCGCCUUUUCCCCACUCACCACAAGUUUGGAAGCCGACCAGCCGUCACUUUCAUGCGGAUUAUUAUUGAAGGCAGGAAUGGUUGACGGUAGGAGCGCACCGCGUUCUCCUCCUCCUUCGCCUCCUGCUUCUUUUUCUGCUUCAGCCUGUUGGAUAGAAGUUCAAACCGCUCCAGGCGUGUUGUUGACCAUGCUGGCUGCUCUUUGGAGUUUUUAAUUCAACCAAAAAGGAGUUAAUGAGCAACCAGGAGGUGGAAGCAACGAUGGCAUCGAAGGAGAGGUUGUACGAGCUGUGGAUGCUAUAUUACACCAAGAAAGACGUGGGCUAUCUGCAGCAGUGGCUUGAGGGGUUUGUGGCAUCCUUUGAGAGGCUCAUUGACGUGCACUCACUGGAGCCUCGGAGGCCGGAGGAGUGCACCUCUGACGUGCCUCAGCUCCCCAAGGAGGUUCUUGUGUUCCUCAGCACGCAGCUUUGGCCAAGUGUGCUGCACCUUACAGGCAGCCAUGACCACAACAACAGCGUCCCUCACCCUCUGCUACUCAUCAAGUUCUUCAUCAUCAUCUGCAGAACCAUGGAGAAUAUUGACGAGGACAAGACGCCUGCUUUUGUUUUUGAAUCUAUAAAGGUUUUGGAUUUCUGUUUGCACCAGAUAAAGAAUGGACAAGGGGACCAGUCGGCCCUGCAGUCGGUCGUGCAGCACAGCCUUGUGCUGUGCGAGAGUGUCUUUGACCCUUAUCAGACGUGGAGGAGACGACUGGCAGGGGAGGAGGUGAGCUUGAUGGAGAGAAAUAAGUACAAGUUCUCCCCACUUCCUCUGCCAGAGGAGCUGACUGCGCUUUUCCAUGAAAGUCUUCUGGAUAGUGAGAAGAUACCAGAGCUGCUUACACUCAGGCUGGUUCAUCUCCAAGGAGCUGUCAUCAGCGGGGGGAAGAAGAAUGGCCUCCUCGCUGUCACCCCUCACUCCGUUGAGGUCCUCUUCUCUGUGCUGCAAGCCUGGUGCUGCCGGGCCUCUCGUCAGUUCAAGGACAAGUUGCUCCCACGGCUGACCUUGCAGUGCCUGACGGCAAUGAUCCACCUGGUGCAUUUUAGCAGCCCCUCAGAGCGGCAAGUGGAGAUCAAGACCAUACUGGAGAGCUUCUUCCAGCUCCUCAACUGGAACCGACCGCUGAGCAUCGAACAGCAGGACGGGCAGAACUCGGAGGAGAGUCUCAUCUGGCUCCAGAGCCUGAUGCUGACUGCCGUUCCUGAGAUCCUGCAGUGUUCGGACCGACCCGCCCUUCAGGCUGUCUUCCUGAACAACAACUGCUUUGAGCACAUCCUCAGGCUCAUACAGAACAGCAAGCUCUUUCAGAGCAACCGGUUAAGGCCGGCAAGUGAGUGCGACCUAACUACAAGUUUACUCACAGAGGUCAAAAUGGACCAGGUGCUGGAGCGAGGCUCGGACAGCAUCACAGUGCACGCUUUAGGAGUCCUCACAGCCAUCAUGAGUAGCUCUCCAUCUGCCAAGGAGACUUUCAAGGAGAGGAUCGGCUACUCCCAGCUCUUUGACGUGCUCAAGAGUCAAGGUCACCCCACAAAAAGGCUGCUGCAGGAGCUGAUGAACAUGGCAGUGGAGGGCGAGUAUGCCCACGCAUACCACUUAGGCAUCAGUAACGAUCAGCCCCUGCUGCUGCUCCUGCAAUGGCUCCCUGAGCUGUACGGCCAGAGGGAGCUUCAGCUGCUGGUGGCACAGUGGCUGGCUACUGUGUGUGGGGGAUCACUGUCUUGUCGGACCGUGGCGGUGGAGGCGGGCAUGGUCGGGGCCCUCUUGCAGGUGCUCUCACAGCCGCAGGACUUGGACAGGCAGUGUGCAGACGCGCUGCUGGGCCUCCUGCAGGAUUUGGGAUCACUGUGUAUGAGGCCCGAGGAACUAAAAAGCCUCAUCAGGUUGCUCAGAGUGGACCAGAACAGCAUGCAUCCCUUCUGCACCCGCAUCAUCCAAGUGCUCUCGGCGAUGGCAGCACGAGAAGGUCGUGACAGCGCCUUGCAGUACUUUGAUCUCUCACCCCCCAUGGCGGGUAUCAUGGUGCCAACGGUGCAGCGAUGGCCAGGCAGCAGCUUUGCCUUCCACGCUUGGCUCUGCCUCAAUAUGGAGUUCCCUUCUUAUCAGGACGAGGACAAAACUCCUGGCAACUCGGUCGCAGCAAGUCAACAUGACAUGGGAAAAGGACCUCGCAGGAAGCAGCUCUACAGUUUCUUCACAGCUAGCGGAACUGGACUGGAAGCCUUCUUCACAAUGGAGGGUGUGCUGGUUGUGGCUGUUUGCACUAAGAAGGAUUACAUGGCUGUCGCGCUGCCAGAACUCCCACUAGCUGACUCACGCUGGCAUUCAGUGGCCAUAGUCCACAUUCAAGGCCGUCGUCCUUUUGGCCAGAACCUGGUCAACAUCUUCAUUGAUGGAGAGCUGUAUAAAACCGCACAGCUUCGAUUUCCAUCGUUGAGUGAGCCGUUUACUUCCUGCUGCAUCGGCUCUGCAGGCAACCGCACCACUACCACAACCACCUCACCCAAUCUACCUGCAUCUGUAUCCUCCGGACAAUCCCCUGAAUUUACCUUUCCCGCCCACGGCCCCUCCCUCAUCCGCUCCCAGUCCUUCCCAGCCUCCACAAGGGGACCCUGGGGCUCUCUAAGUGACUCCCUUGUGCGCACCAUCCCAGCGGGACUGCAGGACACUGUAUGGGGAACGCCUAGCUCUCUGGAUGGCCUCCUUGGCACUGCUUUUAUCUGCCAUGAGGCCCUACAGCAGACCCAGACCCGAGCGCUAUACGCUGCAGGCCCCAAUCAUGUGUCCUUAUUCAAAGUGGAUGGAGAGUUGUCAGAUCUCAAUAGCAAACUUUUGCUCUACUACACUCCUCAGGCAUUCAAGAGCCAAAUAUGUCAGGAUCUGUCUCCCAAUCAUCAAUAUGAUGGCAGGCUAACAGGACACAGAGUUGUCAACUGGGAUAUUAAGGAUGUCAUCAAUGUAGUGGGGGGCAUUGGAGUUUUGCUGCCCCUCCUUGAGCAAGUGUGCGAGGCUGAGCAGGUUUACAACAGCAGUCAGGAGAUUUCAGAACUGCUCGGACCAGAGCUGUCCUCCUCGCGAGGCCCGGCCACUAUGCUGUUGCCACUCAACCAGUCUUCAGAAUCGAGACUGGAGAGGAACAGCAUCGCAGCCUAUUUGCUGAUGCUGAAGAACAUGAUCCGCCGUCACCCUGUCAAUCAGGAAGGUCUGCUGCAGUGCCACGGGCCCAGCAUCAUAGGAGCCAUGCUCUGCAAAGUUCCGGGCAGCAUGAUGGACAUGAAUGUUUUGAUCGCAUGUCAGCUGUUACUGGAGCAGGUUUGCAACGAGGGAAACAGCUCACUUCUGCAGCAGCUCUACCAGCACCUGCUCUUUGAUUUCCGGAUCUGGACCAAAAGCCAUGUUUCUGUUUGUCAGGCUCAUGUGCGUUACAUCUCGACUGUGAUACAUAAAGGAAAGCAGCGCUUGAAGAGGAAGUAUGGAGUCCAGUACAUUCUAGACACCAUUCGCACGUACUACAGUGUGGAAAAAGAUGGCAGCUCUCUCUCGGAUGACAAGCAGAACAUACAGACGUCUCUGUUUGAGCUGCUCAAAGACUUCCUCAAGUCUCCAACACCCGAGGAGCUUCACAGCGUCCUCGCUUACGUGCUUUGUGCAGGAGAGGAGCGGCAGGUGGUGAAGGCCCUGGAUGUGCUGUACGAGCUGUUGCGCAGCAGCCCUCCUCGUGAGCAGGUGCAAGCCGUGCUGCUAGAAUGGGGAGUGGAACAGUUAUACAGUCUUCUGCUCAACACGAGCUUCGGAGAUCGAGCCAGAGAGAGGGUGUUCAGGGUUUUAUAUAAAAUCCUCAAGAGCGAGCGUGUGUCCGAGCGCAACAAGCAGCGCAUCAAACUUAAGGACUUUGGCUAUCUUGGCCUGGUGUUUUUUCUUGAAGACGUUCCCGUAACCAUGACAACUGUGCGAUGUCUGUACGAGCAGGUCCUUGCUACAGAUGCAAGCCCUAACUUCAGAGACCUCCUGGCUGUGGUGUGUCUGUCCCACCGCGCUGACCUCACUGUCCGCUUGGACAUCUGUCGCAAGCUCUUCCACCUCAUCUACUCCAGCGAGGACUAUGUGAAGCAGCUCGCCAAACAGCCCGCAUGGCAGGAUGUCCUCACGAAACUCUAUGUCAAAGAGUCCUACGAGUCCUACGCUGCCAGCAUCGCAGACUCCACGUCCAUAAAGUCCAACUUCCGGCCUCCAUUGCGUAAGGAGCAGAAUCUGAUCAUCGAGGAUGCCCAGACGGACAUCUUCCUGGGCUAUGGAACCUCGCAGGAGGAGGACGACGAUGAGGAAGAGGAAGACUGCGGCCAGCGGGACAUCUCUGAAGGAUUCUCUGAUUUAUCCCAGUCGCCGCCCGGUGGAGUCGAAGGCCAGCUGAAGAACUUUCCGGGUUCCCUCCAAUUUAAGUCGUUUGAUUCGGUGGACCAAGACAGUCACACAUCCUCCCUCUCUAGUUCUGUCAAUGUGGUCGAUCUCGCCUUGUCUCGCCUCGAUGAGGAAGGGAGAGAUUAUCAGCCCCUCUCCCCGUUUGGAACAUCACCUUUUGAUUUGGAACUGGGCAGCAUGGGAGAGAUGGGCACCCCAGCAGGGAGCCUCGCAAACACACCUUCACCUCUGGAGCACAGCAAACCCUUUCCAGCACUUAGACCAAGGAAGAGCUCCAGUCUGUCCAACGUCCUGGACCACGCCAGUUACGGAACAGACCCUCCGACGGCAGACACAAUCUCCAACACGUCCAACCCACAGCAGACGCCAGAAGAGGAGCUGUGCAACCUGCUCACCAAUAUCAUCUUCUCCGUGCUUUGGAGUGGCAGCGGGGCAGACGGCCCUGAAGAUGUGGUCUGGAGAGAGAGGGGCCAGGUCUUUUCUGUUCUCACUAAACUGGGUUCCUCCUGCCAACUGGUCCGUCCGCCUGAUGACAUCAAACGAAGUCUGCUGGAGAUGAUGCUGGAAUCGUCUUUGUCCGACCUGAGGGAUGCCCAGGGAGUCUUCCUGCCUUUCUGUCCCAGCCUGGUGAGACUCCUCAGACUCCUGCAGGACUUCCUCUUUGCAGAGGGGACAGACAAUCACUCGCUGUGGAGUGAAAAGAUCUUUGAGGGGGUGGUGAACCUGCUGGACAAGUUGCAAGCCUGGCAUAGCACCCCUGGCAGCCCCGCCAGCACCGAACUGAAGGAAAUGGCGCAGAUCGGCCUGAGGAUCAUCACCGGCUACAUCCAACAGCAACAUUCACAGGUGUGUGUGAUGGCCUUCGUGAAGCUGCACAGCCUGCUGCAGACUGUCUUGUGUCUCAGCUGGGAGGAGGUGUGCUUCCUUUUGGGCCGCCUUAGUGCCCCCUUGUGGCCAGAUAAGCAGAAAGCGGCGACCCAAAGGGACAACAGCGAGCAUGCAGAGAUGUUCUCCCAGUUGGUCCCCGUCGUACGUGCGCUCCUGGACCAGCAUGCAGACCCAGUCACAGUCCAGGAGCUGCUCCCUAAUCUGCCCAUCACCAAUGGCAGCACCACCUUCGCCCAGGACCUGAAGUCCUACAGCCACACUUUGGAGUGGCAAGGCUUUUACCAGCAGCAGGUUCAGCCCACGAUGGAGCAGUAUGAGCUGGACACGUUUGGCCGGAGCCACGACAUCAUGUCCAAUUUCUGGAAUUCCUGCUUCGAUGACCUCAUGAGUACGGCGUUCAAACGGGACAAAGACAGAUCGGACAGCAAAGCCAAGUUCCAGGAAAUGAUCGUCGACCCCUACCUGAAGCGCGUCCGGAGCGAGAACAGCCGCUACGUCAGCUGGCAGAAGCAGAGCUCCGGCCAGCAGGGGGUGGUGUGGCAGCACUGGAAAGCUCUGCGGAGGCUUUUGACCAGCGAGAGAGCGGCGUGGGCCAAGAAAAUCCAGCCUGAGAUCAAGUGGAUCCUGUCCAGUGCUGAGACGUAUUCAAAAAUGCGUCUCAAACUCGUCCCUAAUCACCACUAUGACCCUCACACCGAAGCCAGUGCCCAGAGGGACAACAUGGGAGCGGACAGUCCGCGUAGCUCCGAGCCUCUCCCUUUGGCUGUUGCCAAAGAAGCCAAAGUAAGCGACAUGGAGGACGACCAGUUAGGCGAAGAGGAUCUCGUCUUCUUAGACAACAAUACCUUUAGGGCGGAGGCAGAAGAUGAGAACCAGAAAGAGAAGCUGGUUUUGUCCGAAGACUGUGAACUCAUCACCAUCGUGGCUGUGGUUCCGGGCCGCCUGGAGGUCACGACACAUCACCUUUACUUCUACGACGGCAGCAUUGAGAAAGAGGAAACGGAGGAAGGAAUUGGAUUCGACUUCAAGAGACCUCUUUCACAGCUAAGAGAGGUCCAUUUGCGUCGCUACAACCUGCGCCGUUCUGCACUGGAGCUCUUCUUCAUCGAUCAGGCUCACUACUUCAUCAACUUCAAAAAGAAGUUACGAAACAAAGUCUAUUCAAGGAUUCUGGGGCUGCGACCUCCUAACCUCUUUUACUUUGGUUCUCGUUCACCACAAGAGCUCCUAAAGGCAUCAGGCCUCACACAGAAAUGGGUCUGCAGGGAAAUCUCCAAUUUUGAAUAUUUGAUGCAACUCAAUACCAUCGCUGGACGCACUUACAAUGACCUCUCACAAUAUCCUGUGUUCCCCUGGAUACUCUGCGACUACACCUCCCCUAUUCUGGACCUGAAGGACCCGUCAGUUUUCAGAGACUUGUCCAAACCUGUCAGUGUGGUCAACCCUCGCCAUGCACAGGCUGUCAAAGAGAAGUAUGAGAGUUUUGAGGACCCCACGGGCACCAUCGACAAAUUCCACUACGGUACACACUACUCCAACGCAGCAGGAGUCAUGCACUACAUGAUCCGCAUGGAGCCGUUCACCACACUGCACAUCCAGCUGCAGAGUGGCAGGUUCGACUGCGCAGACCGACAGUUCCACUCGGUGGCAGCAGCCUGGCAGGCUCGCAUGGAGAGCCCGGCUGAUGUCAAGGAGCUCAUCCCAGAGUUCUUCUACUUCCCAGAAUUUCUGCAGAACAUGAAUGGCUUUGACCUGGGAUGCUUGCAAAUGUCUCAGGAGUCCGUUGAGGACGUUCUGCUGCCUCGCUGGGCCUCAUCGAGAGAAGACUUCAUCAGAAAGCACAGGAAAGCUUUGGAAAGUGAGCAUGUGUCAUGUCAUCUCCACGAGUGGAUCGAUCUGAUCUUUGGCUAUAAGCAGAGAGGAGAAGAGGCAGUGAAAGCCCUCAAUGUCUUCUACUACUGCACGUAUGAAGGUGCUGUAGAUCUGGAUGCCAUUGCUGAUGAGACGGAGCGCAAGGCCCUUGAAGGCAUCAUUAGCAACUUUGGACAGACGCCCUGCCAACUCCUGAAGGAGCCUCACCCGCCGCGUAUGUCUGCUGCAAAUGCAUCAAGGCGGCAGUCGCGUCUGGAUACCCUUCCUGUUAAUAUCUUUGAGCAUCUUGAUAAGCUACGCCCGUUUGUGGAGGUGGUGAGCGAUGGCAUUCCUCUGGUCCAGGCGGUCGUACCAAAGAACCAAAAUCGAUCCUUCAUCAUCCAGGGCUCAGAUAUGCUGGUGACUGUGAGCGCAAAUGGCUUGAUAGGAACACAUAGCUGGCUGCCGUAUGACAAGAACAUCGCCAACUACUUUACCUUCACCAAAGACCCAGCCAUUACCAAUCCCAAGACACAGCGUUUCCUCGGCGGACCUUUCUCACCCAGUGUAGAGCUCAGCGCUCAGGUGCUGGUGGUGUCCAACGAUGGACGUCUACUCUUCAGUGGAGGACACUGGGACAGCAGUCUGCGGGUCACCCAGCUGGGCAAAGGCAAGCUGGUGGGCAGGAUCUGCCGGCACAUUGACGUUGUUACAUGCCUGGCUCUGGAUCUGUGCGGCAUCUACCUCAUCUCUGGUUCACGGGACACGUCCUGCAUCGUGUGGCAGGUUCUACAGCAGGGCGGCUUCUCCAGCACGCUGUCUCCUCGGCCCGUUCAGGUUCUAUGUGGACACGAUGAGGAGGUCACCUGUGUGGCCAUCAGCACGGAACUGGACAUGGCCAUCUCAGGGUCUAAGGAUGGGACCGUGAUUGUGCACACAGUCAGAAGAGGUCAGUUCCUGAGAACACUGCGGCCUCCAGUUGAGCUUUCCCACAUCUCCAAGCUCCAGGUGGGCAUGGAGGGCCACAUCGUGGUGCAGACCUCUCAGGAGAAGCGCUCUAAUCAUGGGAAGGGCAAAUACUCCAUCCAUGUUUACUCGGUCAAUGGCUGCCUGUUGUCGUCCUUCACCAUGGAGGAGCAAGUGAGCGCUCUUCACCUGGUGUCUGAAUACAUCAUCUUGGGCACCAUGCAGGGCAGACUCGACAUUCGACAUCUGUGCAGCCUGGAUGCUGCCGUCCCACCCUUGGCCUUGAAGGUGCCCGUGAGGAGCGUGUUCGUCACCAAAGAGAACAGCCACAUCCUGGUGGGACUGGAGGAUGGGAAGCUAAUAGUGGUGGGGGCAGGGAAGCCCGAAGAGGUUCGCUCAGGACAAUUCUCCCGCCGCCUGUGGGGGUCCACACGCCGCAUCUCUCAGGUGUCUGCAGGUGAGACAGAAUACAACCCCAAGACUGAGGCUGCGGGCAAAUGAGAGGCGCUCUUAAGGGACACUUGUGGAGAUGCUCUACGCUCAUUAUGGCUUUCUUUUUACAAGCCUGGGAAGACGUCCUCAAGCCUGUGAUCUUUCAGAGACAGAGCAACUGAACACUCAGCACUUUUUAGGGGGGUUUCUAAUUCAGGAAGCAAUUUAUAUUUGAUUGUGUGCUGUCUGUUUUUAAUCAGCAUCAUUCCAAAGAGUGAGUUUGCUCGUGUCAGACUACACACACACACACACACACACACACGUCACUAUUUUCCAGUUACUGUGCCAAUGAUUCUUAAAAAAAACUCCUGCAAACUUGAAAACUUUUUGAAAGAGUUCCAUGAUGCAUUACCGGUGACCACCACCAGAGGGCCACUAGUGCCUCAAGUGCAAAUAACCCUGCUUUCUUUAAUUAAGGCUGUUACAACUAAAGCAAAACACGCGCUUUAAUGGUCUAGUACGGGAAAUAUAUUCACUCUAUGAAGAUAAUGUUGGAGAUGGCAUGCAAUGAAAUUAAGAGGUGGCGUAACUGUUGCCUUACACAAUGAAGUAAACACCUGCUCUUAUUACUCUCUGCAUGUUUUAUAUUCAACCUAAGUGGUGCCUUUUUUUAGCUUGCGUCUAAGCAUAUAAACACUGAUUGCAAUCAUCUGUCAUGCCAGAUUUACACACACACACACACACACACACACACACACACACACACACACACACACACACACACACACACACACACACACACACACACACACACACACGUCUCACAUGUGCAGAAGAUGGUUUUAAUCAAGUCAAGUGUUGGCCUGUGCUGCUCGUGUGUUUGGUUAUGAAAAUCUGAUGCUGGAAUGCUUUUGCUGUGGUCAGAGGAUACUAGUUGGUAUGCAGCAUCACGACAAAGGGAACUGUUUGGGUCCAUGUGGCAGAAAAAAGAAAAGUCCCAAAAAUGUGGCGCACAAACAGUUGAGCAACAAUUGGUAAGUAUUGCUCAGGCAGAAGAGAAAUGAAAUCCUGUGUCUUAAUGCCUUUCUGUUUUUGUUCAUGAAUGUAACAUACCGCCUUGCUAUGCACUCACGCUCACAUUUGUUUAAAUGCAAUCUAUGAAAUCUUGGUGUAAAUACACUGUAUAUAAUGUUUCUGGUGUUGUGUGAUUUAACUUAAAGCUUUGGACCAGCACUGACUUUGUCAUUUCUA